AUGCUCGGUGGAUGCAGCAGAUUCUGGUUAUGGUUUUUACAGGAUUUCUUACAUCUUUAUUUUGAAAAACAGACAUGGGGAACUGCACUGGGUCGAGUAUGGAAGAACUACAAGCGUGUGAGAGUCAUCAGUGGUACAGGAAAUUCAUGACUGAGUGCCCGUCUGGACUUCUCACCUUUUACGAAUUCAAGAAGUUCUUUGGCCUGAGCAACCUGUCGGAUACUUCAAAUGCCUACGUGAUGACCAUGUUUACAACGUUUGAUAUGAAUGAUGAUGGCUACAUUGAUUUCAUGGAGUAUGUAGCUGCUCUGAGCCUGGUGCUAAAGGGAGGAGUGCAGCAGAAGCUCCGCUGGUACUUCAAACUGUAUGAUAUAGAUGGAAGCGGCUGCAUCGACCGUGACGAGCUACUUCUCAUCAUUAAGUCCAUCCGUGCAAUCAAUGGAAUUCCGUGUGAGACAUCGGCAGAGGACUUUGCCAACAUGGUGUUUGACAAGAUUGACAUCAAUGGAGAUGGUGAACUAUCCUAUGAGGAGUUCAUGGAGGGGAUUCAGAAUGACGAAGAGCUGCUGAUGACACUAACAGAGUGUAUGGACCUCACACACAUCGUCCAGAAAAUUCAAGGAGAGAUGAAAACAAAAAACAGCUAAUCUCUCCAACUCUGUGGAUCCUAAGUUGUACACUUUUAUAUAACUGUGCCACAGCAGGAGACGUGGAUUCAGGAUAGCCCACCAGUCAUCAUCAGGAUAAAAUGAUGGGGACCAAUCUCUCAUGGUUUUCCUCACACAUCCAUGAGCCAAGCAAGGACUUUCUAUCUAUCCAAAAUAUUAAAGCUUCUACCAACCCAAUCACCAGAUAAAAAGGUUGGUAUUGUACGUCUCUGCAAACCAUGGAUAAGUUACUUAUCUGCACGUUAUUGUGUAGCACAGGGGUGUCAAACAGGGCUUAAGGGUCAAAGGGUCCAAUCCGGCCCACUGGAUGACCUUGCACU